AUGUGCAGCUUCACCCUCCAAGGACGCCGCAACUUCUCGUCGACGAGGGUGGGGUUCUCGGCCAAGGGGUUCUCGGCCAAGGGGCACUCGAAGCUGUUUCCAGACGCAGAUGCCGCGGUUGCAGAUGUUAAGAGCGGAUCUACCGUCCUGAGCUCGGGAUUCGGUCUAUGUGGUGUUGCAGACACGCUCAUCGCCGCGCUUCACCGGAGAGGCCCCGAGUCGCUUCAUUCGCUCACUGCCGUCUCGAAUAAUGCCGGAAUAGAAGGAAAGGGGGGCUUGGCAGUCCUCACCAGCAGUGGACAGGUCGACCGCCUGGUUCUAUCAUAUCUGGGCAACAAUAAGGUGUUGGAAAAGAAAUAUUUAACGGGAGAGCUUGCGAUUGAGCUGUGCCCGCAAGGAACCCUGGCGGAGCGUAUUCGAGCCGGUGGUGCCGGCAUUGCGGCCUUUUUUACGCCCACGGCAGCCCACACCCUCCUUCAGACCGGAGAUAUCCCCGUUCGCCUGGAUAAAUCGGGGGCCGUCGUCGAAAAGGGCCGAGUGAGAGAGUCCCGCGAGUUUGAUGGCAGGACCUUUCUCAUGGAGACCUCUUUGACGGGAGACGUCGCAAUUAUCAGGGCGUGGAAGGCCGACAAGGAAGGAAACUGCGUUUUCAGAUAUGCCACCAAGGCCUUUGGACCGAUCAUGGCCAAAGCCGCCAAGUUGACCAUCGUCGAAGCCGAAAAUAUUGUCGAGGUGGGCGAGAUUGAUGCCAAUGACGUCAACUUGCCUGGAAUCUUUGUCGACCGCAUUGUCCCGUCGACCGCGGAGAAGCAGAUCGAGGUGUUGAAGCUCCGAGACGACAGCGACAAGGGCUCUGCUUCGUCCAAGCCUGUGAGCGAGGCGCAGCAAAAGCGAGUUCGCAUUGCGAAGCGAGCGGCCAAGGAGCUCAAGGAGGGGUUCUACGUUAACCUCGGCGUUGGCAUUCCUACCCUGGCUGCUUCUUUGCUUCCUUCUGAUAGAAAGGUUUGGAUCCAGUCUGAGAAUGGUAUUCUCGGCAUGGGCCCUUAUCCCACCAUUGAUGAGGUCGACCCUGAUAUUGUGAACGCCGGCAAAGAGACUGUUACCCUCGUUCCUGGAGCAUCAUGCUUUGACUCUACUGAGUCAUUUGGCAUGAUCCGGGGCGGCCAUGUAGAUGUCUCUAUUCUCGGAGCUCUUCAAGUUGGCGCCAACGGCGACCUUGCAAACUACAUGAUUCCCGGCAAGGUGUUUAAGGGUAUGGGCGGUGCCAUGGAUCUGGUCGCCAACCCCGACAGCACCAAGAUUGUCGUGGCUACGGAACACGUCGCCAAGGAUGGCUCGUCGAAGAUUCUGCAACAAUGCACCCUGCCUUUGACCGGAGCCCGAGUGGUCAGCACCAUUAUUACUGAUUUGUGUGUAUUUGAAGUAAACAGGCAAGAGUCCACUCUCACCUUGACUGAGCUGGCACCUGGUGUUACCGUUGAGGAGGUCCGGAGCAAGACGGAGGCUGAGUUUACCGUGGAUCUGGAUGAGAGUCGAUCAUACGAAUAA